AUGGCCCCGACCUACGCGCCCUGCCCGCGACCCAUCCUCAAGCGGCCCAGCACCGUCCCCGCCCCCGACAUCCCCGCCCAGUCCGACGCCUCCUCCGAGCUGCUCGCCAUCGACCGCGGCAUCCUCACCCCGCUCGUCCGCUUCCCCCCACGCCCCUCCCUCGCGCGCACCUUCUCCGCGUACUCGUCCCAGGCGUACGACCGCUCCCCCAUCGUCGUCCAGCCCAACCGCUGCGCCCUCCCCGAGCGUGGCUGCCCCGGCCGCACCUACGCCGUCGGUGACCCUGCCGCCGCGUCCUCACCCUCAAGACGCACCCGCAGUCCCACCCGCGGCCGCCAUCUCCACCCCCGUGCUGUCCGCAAUGUGAGCUACCGCGAGCGUGAGCGCGACGACGAGGACGACGAAGACGACGACCCGACGCCACGAGGGACGCCCCUUAUUCCCGCCCUCCCCGCGCUAGUGCCGGACCUCUCCUCUGAGAGCGACGAGAGUGACGGUUUCACGAGCCCGCCCACCGAGCCCGCCCCAGGUAUGUACGCGCCUGCUCUUCGCUACGCGUGGCGCUAA